AUGCCUUCCAUCGCGCUUGGUCCUGCGCCCCGCCUUCGCAGCAGCGCCAGUUCGCUUGCGUCUUGCGCCCCCUCGCCUUUCGCGCCAAUUCCCCGCGCAUUUCAUUCGCCUGCGCCCACGCGCCAUCGACGGGCGGAGGCACAGCGCAGAGGUCGUUGCGUCGCGAUUUCGUCAUCGCUCGUCGCGUGCGCACCCAGCGCGGCGUCGUUUCGAGACGGUCAGGUGAGAGCCGUGCGCGUGUGGCACUCAGGCCGCCGUGCGCGUGGGUCAGCGCUGCUGGGGCGCGCGCGCCGUCAUGCAGCGCGUGCGGCGAGGCGACCCGCCGUCUGCGCGCAGCCGGGAGGGACACGAGCGUUCGGGGAGGGCGACGAUGGCCCGUUGCUGGCAGCGACCACUCCGUGCCCACACCGGCGCUUCUCUCCAUCUGCCAUGGCCAGCCCUGCAGACCACUCCGCACCACCACAACCUCAUGCUGCCCAACCAAGUGAUGCUGCCGAACCGAGGGACGCGACCAAGGCUGCACUGGAGGGCCGGAAUGAGCGCGGCAUGGCGGAGGUGGCAGCGCUGAGGCGCGAGGAGGUGGGCGUGGUGGUGGUGGACCACGGGUCAAGGCGCGCCGAGUCCAACCAACAGCUCGACGUCUUCGUGGGAGUGUUUCAGCAGGAGACGGGCUACUCCAUCGUGGAGCCGGCGCACAUGGUGAGGGGCGCACAUGGAGAUAGCGGAGCCGUCCAUAGCGGUGGCGUUCAUGCGGUGCGUGCAGAGGGGCGCCAGGGGCGUCAUCGUGUGCCCCUACUUCCUCUCGCCCGGCCGCCACUGGCAGCGGGACAUCCCAGCGCUGGCAGCAGAGGCAGCAGCGCAGCACAGCAACGGAGUGCCCUUUAUAGUCACCGCGCCCAUUGGGGUGCAUCCACUCGUUGCU